UUCCCCACUUCUCCCAACGAGUUUCGAGUCUCUCUUCUUUCCUCCUCCUUCACCCUCUCACUCCGUUCUGCUUGGACGGUGGCUGCAUUGAUGCACAAUGGGUUGUGGCAAUUCCGCAGCUACCAACACCGCGGGAGACGGGCCAGCUGAUGUCUCCAAAGAUGUGACAGAAGAACCCUUGGUAGACGAUGAGAGGAGAAUAAACUUUGGUGGCGUAUACGUCGGCAUACCAGCAGACCUGACGGCUGCGGCUGCCAGCCAGUCCUCAGAUUAGCAGCUACACUGAAGUGAACACAACACAGGAUUCCCGCGUAUUCAUUCACCCAGAGACCCUCGCGUGACAGGCCGAGAGCAUGGAGGCGCUCCUGUUCGGGCGACCCCCCACACUGAAUAAAGUCGCUUUAUAAAGUCGGUGUCCACGGCUUGAUCUGAGGAUGCUUCUUCCCGGAGCCGUGGGCGGCGCGGUGAUGCUGCAGGGUCGCACAACCAGAGGUCUUUGUGACGGCCAUCUUGGCGUCUCGCUCACUCGACUGGAACGUUCUCUUUGUUUCUCAGGAGGGGACAGGAGACCCAGACAACUCACUAACACGGGGGUACACAGACAUUCCCGAUAGCCCCCCUGCAAUAAUAAUAAUAAGAGUCACUGCUCAGUUAUUUCUCUCCGAAGCCAGCAAUGAUUCAUCGUUGUGGACGAGACAGAGUCAGAGCGUCAUAAAACAUCAACGCGUGAUGGAAAACAGAAAUGAUUUCAACCAGAGAGCUGCUGCAGCAGAAGAGAUUUUAAAUGAUGGGUCUAAAUGCUCAUAACAAUAAGACCCCCGUCCCCAAAUGUGCCGGGUGCGUCAACCAGCAUGCAGCUGCAUGGGGUCGUCACUUAACUCGUGCCCCACACUGGUAGUGUACAGCAUAUGACUCAUGCCACUUACAGGAUCUCUCUCUCUCUCUCUCUCAUAUUUUAUUGUGAAUGUUGUUCUUCUGUAUGUAAUCCUUGAAGGAUAAAGCUGAUGCUUUGCUGUACAAAUCGAGGACGUAAACCAACCAAUCUUGUGGCCUUCAGUAGCUGAUGGAGAUGUCGAGUGCAAAAUUGUGUUCACAUAAUGUGUUACGUGAAGAUAACAUAACAUAUAUAUAUAUAUACACUACCGUUCAAAAGUUUGGGAUCACUUAGAAAUGACUUUAUUUUUCAAAGAAAAGCACUGUUUUUUCAAUAAAGAUAACAUUAAAUUAAUCAGAAAUACACUCUCUACAUUGUUAAUGUGGUAAAUGACUAUUCUAGGUGGAAGUGUCUGGUUUCUAAUGAAAUAUCUCCAUAGGUGUAUAGAGGCCCAUUUCCAUCAACUGUCACUCCAGUGUUCUAAUGGUACAUUGUGUUUGCUAAUCGCCUUAGAAGACUAAUGGAUGAUUAGAAAACCCUUGUGCAAUUAUGUUAGCACAGCUGAAAACAGUUAUGCUGGUGAUAUAAGCUAUACAACUGGCCUUCCUUUGAGCUUGAAGUUUGUAGAACAAAAUUAAUAUUUCAAAUAUUAAUCAUUAUUUCUAACCUUGUCAAUGUCUUGACUAUAUUUUAUAUUCAUUUGAUAAAUAAAAGUGUGAUUUUUCAUGGAAGACACAAAAUUGUCUGGGUGAUCCCAAACUUUUGAACGGUAGUGUACAUAUAUAUACAUAUAUGUAUAUACAUAUAUAUAUAUACUGUUUAUAAAGGCUUCUGUAAAAGGUUACGGAUGAACCUUUAAGCUUCUUCACUCUGUCUUUGGCAUUCAGCCUCAAGCCCCUAGCACUGUGUUUAUUUGUCUUAUUGUCUUAUUAUCCGAUGUUAUGCACCACCCGCCAAGACAAAUUCCUUAAAUGGCCAACAUACUUGGCAAUAAAUGGUUGUAAUUCUGAUGCUGAUUAUUUAGUUCCCAUGUUAAAUCUAAUCCUCUUAAAAGAUUCAGUAAUUUCCCCAAACCCCUGGACGCUGUAUUUUUUCGCAAAAGUUACUAGAACAGGAUAUUUGCAUUUGUCAUUGACUAUUUUUCUUAUUAAUAGCCAUUUGGUGCUCUUGUGAGGUUUUUACAGAACAUGUCGGACAAAAACGAAUCUACAAUGCCCAUGUUCAUCAUAAUGAAUGAACGAGUGCAAUAUUGUGACAACAAUGGAAGUCUAUGAUGCAGAGGAAUAAAUAAAUAAAUAUAUAUCUCAGG